AUGGCCCACCUGAGGGCCUGCGAAGUCCGGCAGCUGCUGCACAACAAGUUCGUGGUGGUCAUGGGGGACUCGGUCCAGCGGGCCGUGUACAAAGACCUGGUGCUCCUGCUGCAGAAGGACUGCCUGCUCUCUUCCAGGCAGCUGAAGGCCAAGGGCGAGCUGAGCUUCGAGCGGGACGUGCUGCUGGACGGCGGCGGCUGGGGCCGCAUGCACAACGGCACCCACUACCGCGAGGUGCGCCAGUUCUGCACGGGCCACCACCUGGUGCGCUUCUACUUCCUCACGCGCGUGUACUCGCCCUACGUCCAGGGCGUCCUGGAGGAGCUGCGCACCGCACAGCACGCCCCCGACCUAGUCGUCCUCAACUCCUGCCUCUGGGACCUCUCCAGGUACGGCCACGACUUCCGCAGGAGCUACCCCGAGGACCUGGAGAGCCUUUUCCGGCGCCUGAACCAGGCGCUGCCCGAGUCCUGCCUGCUGGUGUGGAACACGGCCAUGCCCGUGGCCGAGACUGUCUUCGGGGGCUUCCUUCCGCCCGAGCCCCAUCCCCGCGCAGCCCGCCUGAGGGAAGAUGUGAUGGAGGCCAACUUCUACAGCUCCACCGAGGCAGAUCGGCAUGGCUUCGACGUGCUGGACCUGCACUUCCACUUCCGCCACGCAGGGGAGCAUCGGCAGCGAGACGGCGUGCACUGGGACGAGCGCGCGCACCGACACCUCUCGCAGCUGCUGCUGGCCCAUGUGGCAGACGCCUGGGGCGUGGACCUCCCUGGCCGGGCCACAGUAGGCAGGUGGAUCAGAGAUGGCCCCGCGGCAGGAAGAAUGCAGCCUUCAAACAGCCGAGGUGAUCCAGAAGAAGAAGCUUUGUCCUUACUCCCGCGCCCUCCGCAGUGCUCCGGCGCAUCUCGUCGACCUUCGGUUCCCUUCUUCCAGGCUCAACCACUGCGUCCAGGCACCGGUUUGCGCUCCAGUCUACCCUUACAGCACCAGCAAGAGUCAGGCGACUCUUCCAUGCGCCAAAUAGGUUAUACCAGGGAAGCAAAUUCGAUGGUUAGCCUCCAGUCGCGGCUGGGCCCCAUCCGCACAGCUUCUUCCUGGCACAGAGGCCAGGGGUCUCCCCCAUAUCCUCCUCAGCACCGCAGCAGUGGGCUACGCAGAGGCCAGCGGAGGCGCUCGAACAGAAGGAUCCGAGCGAAUCAAGAGACCAGGCCUCAGUAG